AUGUCCGAAGGAAUUUAUGAAAUCCCGGAGGAAUAUGAAGAGGAUGAGCGUAAUGCAAUGAAGAACAAGCAAAUGUCGCAGGUGUACGCCAACAACGAAGUCUUCCGUCCCAGAAAGAAGGGGGUUGCUGGUCAACAGUCAGAAAGAGACCAGCUAAAGAGAAAGAUAGAACUCCUGAACAAGAUCAGAGAGGGACCAUGCCCCAAAGGAUGGAUAAAGUUUGAAUCCAAGUGUUACUACAACACCACUUUGAAGAAAACCUGGGAGGAGAGUAGACAGGACUGCAUUGCUAGAGGAGCAGACCUGGUGAUCAUCAACAGCAGAGAGGAACAGUCAUUAAUCAAUCAGCUAUAUGUACCGGGAAACGAUGCCUGGAUCGGUCUGACUGACUCUGACACUGAGGGGACCUGGAUUUGGGUGGAUGGCUCCCCACUGACCUCUGCGUUUUGGGAUAAUAAACAGCCAAACAACAUUAAUAACCAGGACUGCGUGGAGGUGAACCACAGUUCAUCCGACCCAGGGGUGUGGAAUGAUGAUGGAUGUCACAAGACAAACAGCUGGAUCUGUGAGAUAUAGGACUUGCAUAGGAAC